AAAACUGGCCUCAAGUUUGAUGAUGAAACAUUCAACUUGAUCGUCAAAGAAACCAAUAACUAUGCUUCUCAGAAAAAUGUCAACUUGAAAGUCACCAUUCAAGAAAUGCAGUGUGUGUUUGGUGUCCUUUGGAGCGGAUUUGUAAGGUGUCCCAAGAGAGGAAUGUAUUGGGAAAUUGCUGGUGCUGAUCAGACCCUGGGUAGAGAUGCAAUUAGAAGGGACAGAUUUGAGUUGAUUUUCUCAUCCCUGCAGUUUGCAGACAAUAGCCAUCUAGAUCAAAAAGACAAGUUUUCAAAAUUGAGACCUCUCAUAAAGCAAAUGAAUAAAAAUUUUCUCUUAUAUGCUCCUCUAGAAGAAUACUACUGCUUUGAUAAGUCAAUGUGUGAGUGCUUUGAUAGUGACCAAUUCCUGAAUGGAAAGCCGCUUAGAAUUGGCUACAACAUUUGGUGUGGUACAACCACUCAAGGUUAUCUGACUUGUUUUGAGCACUACCAAGAAUCAGCUGUGGAAGCAGAUAAGGAUCUGGACCUUGGGCUAGGUGGAAAUCUAAUAAUGUGCUUUGUUGACAUUCUUUUAGAGAGAGGUCAAUAUCCCUAUCACCUGUGUUUUGAUAGCUUCUUUACAAGUUCCAAAUUGAUGUCAGCUUUAAAGAAGGGGGUGAGGGCUACAGGAUUGAUUCAUGAAAACAGGACCAACAAAUGUCCACUUAUGAAUGCAGAACAUAUGAAAGAAAUGAAGAGGGGGUACUUUGACUUCAGGGGGAAGAAAAAACAUGUAAUUUUGUGUUGUUGGCAUGGUGAUGGUCUUAUUAGUCUUUGCUCAAAUGCUGUAGGCAUAGAACCAGUCAGUAAGGUAAGUUGUUCAGCUGAUGAUGGAGAGUUCCCUCAGAUGAGCCAGCCAUCCAUCGUGAGACUGAGGAGUGCAGGAAAGGUGUGGCUAAGAUGAUCAAGUUAUUUCCAAAUGGUCUUGGUGAGCUACAUGAUUGACGUAGCCAUGAACAAUGCUUGGCAGCUAUAUAGACUCUGUAACCCAGGAUCUUCGUUAGACAUCUUGGAUUUUUGGAAGUGUGUUGCACAUUUUUACUUGGGACAUGAUGUUAAUCUGUCACAUUAGGACAGAUCAGUAACAAGACACAGAAAAAUUAUAACUGUAAUUAGAUUAUGCCCCACCAAAGCAAAUCUGAUGGAGAAGAUGUAAUUAAGUAACUGGUAUUUUUUAAAAACAAAGACUGUUACAGCAAAUAAUGUUAAAAAAAUCUGUGUUGAACUCAAGUGUUAUCUUUAUGUCUAAUUUUAUGUCAGAGAUGAGAAGUCACUUAUGUGUUGCAUUAUUUCAUACAUUAAAAGAAUGAAG